GCUAAAUAUGGAUUUUAAUGCAAGGUUAAUAGACAGCAUCUCAAGCAGAGAGCCUCUAUACAAUCAGUACCAUGUUGACUACAAAAACAGAAUCAAAACAGACCAGCUGUGGAAAGACGUGGCAAUGGAUGUGGAAGCUUCAGUUGAGCAUUGCAAAACUAGAUGGAAUAGUUUGAGAACAACGUAUGGGAAGAAGCAUAGAGAAAGAGAGAAAAUUCCUAGUGGGUCAGCUGCAUCACAAUUGGAAAAAUGGCCGUACUAUUACCAAUUGUCAUUUCUAGAUCCCUUCAUUAAACACAGAAAAACCGUAGAUAACUUGCCUCAAGCCUGUAUGGAGCAAGAUACCUCAAUAGAGAGUUUGACUGAAAAUACUAGUGAAGAAUCUAUACAACUUGACCUUGGAAGUCCAUCUUUGUGCCACAAAGAAAAGUGGAAUGGAAGUUCAAUCAGGACCUUUGCAAAAAGAAAAAGAUCAGAUAGAAGUGAAGUACAGGCAGAGAUGGUGAACUUUUUGAGAAAAAGCACCCAGCAGCUGGAGAAUACUAGAUAUUUAGAUAAAUUUGAGCAUUUGGCAAUCUUGUGGCAGCUCAGUUACGUUCAAGACCGUUACUUGAAGCGGAAGCAUGCAUGA